AUAAGCUGAGAGAAACCAUCACUUCCUGUCCUUCAUACAGACACAUGUGUGCUAGUCGUUAACUUAGUCCAUGACAUGAAAAGUGGCAAUAACCGCCACCGAAGAUGGUCCACCUCAGUAGAAUCUGUUUCCGGAAGUAUGGGAACUUUGUGGACAACCUCCGUCUGUAUGUCCGUGGAGGGAGCGGCGGCAUGGGUUUACCCCGUCUUGGGGGACAGGGAGGGAAUGGUGGAAAUGUUUGGGUGGUGGCCACAAAAAAUAUGACCUUGAAGAAGAUUAAGGACACAUACCCUCAAAAACGUUUUGUAGGUGAAUCAGGAGCCAACAGCAGUGUCCGAGCACUGAAAGGAGAGAAAGGGAAGAACACGGAGAUAAGUGCUCCUGUUGGUAUCACUGUCACCACUGAUGAAGGCAGAAUACUAGGUGACCUGAAUGCUGAGGGCGAUCGAGUAAUGGUGGCAAAAGGAGGAUGCGGAGGCUCCUUCUACUCUGCGUUUGAGCCCAGUAAGGGCCAGGCCAGACACAUCCGGCUGGACCUCAAGCUCAUUGCUGACAUGGGCCUGGUGGGUUUCCCAAAUGCAGGGAAGUCCUCUCUCCUGACAGCCUUAUCUAAUGCCACACCUCAGAUUGCCAGCUAUGCUUUUACAACUUUGAGGCCGGAGAUUGGCAAAGUGAUGUAUAAAGAUUACAAGCAGAUCUCCAUUGCUGACCUCCCAGGCUUGAUCGAGGGAGCUCACAUAAACAAAGGCAUGGGCCACAAGUUCCUAAAGCAUGUGGAGAGGACCAAGCAGCUGCUGUUUGUGGUAGAUGUCUGCGGUUUCCAGUUGGCUAGUAAAACACCAUUUAGGUCAGCCUUUCAAGCUGUGCAGCUUCUCACCAAGGAGCUGGAGUUGUACAAAGAGGAGCUUGUGUCGAAGCCUGCUCUACUGGUGGUGAACAAGAUGGACCUGCCUGGAGCUGAAGCCAAACUAGAGGAGCUGAAGGAGCAACUAAACAACCCAGAUGAGUUCUCUGAUCUACUCCCUGAAGGCAUGAUACCAACAAGCUUCAUGACCUUCAGACAUGUGGUUCCUGUCUCUGCUACCACUGGGUUUGGCAUCGACCACUUGAAAAGUUGCAUCCAAGAGUCGCUUGAUGAAGACGCAGCCAUGGCAACAAUGGCCAUGCAUCAAGAAAGACUGCAGGCACUGAGGUACAACUCCCAACAACAGAAGAGCAUUUGUGAUUAAAAAUGGACAUCUCAGCUUUCAGUGGGACCUCCAGUCUUCAAAGGCAAGGCUCAUUCUGCCAAAAAAAGGUUCACACUAGUGAACUAGAACUUUUAGCACUGUGCCGGCGUAUCUUACCCACCUGCGACAACAAACUGUACGAUUUCAGUGCAAAUGUAGUUGGGAAGUAAUGGAGGCUCCACAAGUUGAAGCUUAGUCACUGGUUCGGUCAGAGAUCUUCAAAGCCUCACUUGCUGUCAACAUCUUUAUUUAUUCUUUAUGCUAAGAUGAUGUUCUAAAAAGAGACUGUUAAAAGCCAUUUGAGCACCAAAUUGAUUUGUAUGCCUAUAUUCAUAAGAUGUUUUUUUUUUUUGCACCCUUGAAGACGUGCAGUGUGUUGUAGGUAUGCAGUAAUUCAUCUUUUUUCUCCCGAUACAGAUUCUGAUAGCUUAACGGGGGAAUUGCAUCCAAAACCAGGUUGAAGUCAGCAUAUGUUACCAUAUAAGAACUUUUGGGGUCAUUUUUUUUUGCAAGGAAACAUGAGGCAGUCUGCAGCAUCAGUGAAUCAUAGUGCAAGCAAAUAAUUUUAUGACGGUGACAAUCUAUAUAUUGGUUGGUGAUCUUGAAAUUCUCUUUUCAUGCAGACGUGUUACUGUUCUGUUUUACAGCUAAAGCUAGCAAGCUAUGGCAGACAAGGUAUCCACAGCAGCUUUUGCUCACAAACGGAGACCGUUGUUACAGGCCAGGCCCUCCCCAUUAAAACAGAGUCUUAUAGGUGUUCUUGCCGUUAGUGGCGACCUGCAUCAGUGUGCACAGUUAAUUCAACUUGCCUCAAAAUCAUCAGGUUUUAACAAGUUCUUUAGAAUCAAAGUAAUUCAGUGAUAGUUGUCAGUACAUCCAAUAGUACAUAGCAAAAGUGAACCGUUAACAGUUAAUUCAGUGUACAAGUGUAAACAAAUACAGGCUAUAAACAGGCCUCAAAUUUGCUGCCUACAGUGUAACUCGCUACAUGUAGUGAGCAGGUGGAAAGCUUCAUAACCUGCUUGAGAAACACGGGGUUUCCAGCAGGAGACUUGGUAGCAAAAUGAACCGCUAAUACCUGAUUCUGCGUACCAAGUGUAAACAUGUUUCUUUCUACUGUAGAGUAGGACAUUUUAACAUGGGGGUCUAUGGAGAUUGACUCCCUUUUGGAUCCAGCCUCAAGUGGCCAUUCCAGGAACUGCAGGUUUUUGCUGUUCUACACUGGCUUCAUUUCUCAGCCUUGGAUGUUGCUGCUUGGCAGUGACUAAUGUGUAAUGCUUCGUCAUAGUCACAGGAGCCAUAGAUCAAGAUCUUGUAAUAGGCUAAAGUUGUUAUUGCUAUUUAAGAAGAGAGAAGCAUUAUAGGCUACCAGAUUGAAUUGUCUAGAUCCUAUAGGCUGCUAGAUUAUCUAUAUAAAGAAUAUGAACUUAAAUGCCAAUUUUAAAAAAGGUUUUUGUUAUAGUAUUUUCAGAAAUAUCACAUUAAAUGUUAAAAAUUCUAUCAUGUUAACGGAUCAUACUUUUACUCAUUGUACGGUGAGUAUAAUUUUGCCAUAGAUACAGAAUGAGUUACUGUGGGCUGCCACUUGGGCACCAUUUUAACCUAUAUUUGUGUACAUUUUGGAACACUAAGAACAUCGAAUUACCUAUUGUCAGUUCAUUUUUCCUAUGUGCUAUUGUAUGUACUGAGAGAAUUAUGUUAGUACUUCAGAAAUCUUAAAAACCCCAUGUUUCUCAAUCAGGUUAUUUGUACACUGAAUUAACUGUUAACAGUUCACUUUUGCUCUGUACUAUUGGAUGUACUGACAACUAUCACUGAAUUACUUUGAUACUAAAACCUGAUGGUUUUCAGAUGUGUUCUGCAGCAUUCCAACCCCUGCUUUAUUUCAUAAUUACAAGAAAAUGACCUCAUAGUUAUGAGAUUCUCAGAUUUAUUUCUUUGGUGAAUACAGUGUGCUUCUGUAGGUCUGUAUCCCAAGCUUCUUUUUAUUUUUUACAAUGUUGUAGUGUAAAACGACUAAUAAAUGGAGCCAGUUUUCUAGAAGUUAGAAUAAAAUCUGAAGUAUAAGAAAUGCCAUGUGUUGAAAGUUUUAUUUUAUAUUAAAUAUAUUACAAUACUGAAUGAUUAAGAAGGGGAAAAAUAUGAGGAUUGAUUUUUGCUUCAUCAGUCUGUACAGCAUACAGGCAAAAAAAAA